CUUCCUCUGUAUGGUAAAAAAGAAAAAUAGAAUUUUCUCCUUUUUAGGCCAAGCAAGCAAUCCAUCACCUUCGGAGACCUAAAGCAUGGAAUCCAUCGGUCCCUGAAGCUCUCAUGUCCCAUAGCAGCAGCAGUCGCCAGCACAUCCACGAGCGGACUUCCCACUUCAUCAAAGCAAGGCUAAAAAGAGCGAGAUUCGACAUUCCUUCCCUCAGAUCUUCCUCUCAAGCCAGAAAUAAAAUUUACUCUCCAUCUCUCCCUCCAGACCCCCCUCAUCCGAUCAUUCUAACCCUUCUAAAUCUGUCGGCAGAUCGCAGCCCCGCCUCGCACCAUCAUCCUGAAGAAGCAAGAGAGCUCCAACCAGCAGCCAUGCCCACUAUAAACAACUGAAUUAUAUCACCAUAUAUUCAUCUGUCCCCCCCAGAAAGAAGAGCAAGAAGAGCUACGGAGGAGGUGAGUUUGGUUGGUUCCACACCCACAUACAUACAUACAGGACCAUGGAAACCGCACCAAACCCAGAUAGCCCUUCUUCAGAAGGCUUCACCACCAGCCCCAACGCCGCCGCUUCCUCAUCCUCCCCCGCCGCCGGCUCCAAACCCUCGUCCUCCUCCUCCUCCCCCUCGGGUCCUUCUCCGAGCCGCUACGAGUCCCAGAAGCGCCGGGACUGGAACACCUUCGGGCAGUAUCUCAAGAACCACCGGCCACCGCUCAGCCUCUCGCGAUGCAGCGGCGCCCACGUGCUCGAGUUCCUCCGCUAUCUCGACCAGUUCGGCAAGACCAAGGUCCACACCCAGAUGUGCCCCUUCUUUGGCCACCCCAACCCGCCCGCGCCCUGCCCGUGCCCGCUCCGCCAGGCCUGGGGAUCCCUCGACGCCCUCAUCGGCCGCCUCCGCGCCGCCUACGAGGAGAACGGCGGCAAGCCCGAAGCCAACCCCUUCGGCGCCCGCCCCGUCCGCCUCUACCUCCGCGAGGUCCGCGAGAUGCAGGCCAAGGCUCGGGGCAUCAGCUAUGAAAAGAAGAAGCGCAAGAAGCCGCCUCCAGCUUCGCACCAGGGUGGCCACCCGGCCGCCGGCCCAUCCGACCAUCCCCGUAGCCCUCCGUCGGCCACCGGUGCAACAGCCUGAUCUUUCGAUGACUUCGAGAGCCUUAACUAUCUUUGCUUCGUCACUCCCUCGCACGUAUUGGUAUGUCUAUCUGCACAACAUUGAAGCCCGGUACUAGUAUCUUGCUCCUUUAAAUUUCUGCUGUCAAACUAUUGAGACUUGCUGUUGUUAGUGGUAGCACUUGUAGCAGUAGAAAUCGUAGCAAGAACAGCUGCUGCUGCUGCUGCUGCUAAAUUAUCAUCAAAUAGUAGCAAUAUAUACUACUACUAGCAGUAUUGAUAUCAGUAGCAACGGUCGUAGAUGUAGCGGUAGAGGAAUGAUGGAGCUGUGCACUUUGGAUCUUGUAGUUCAUUCCUUACAUAACUGUACUUGAGAUCUCAUGUAUGAAAGCUAGAUUUUUGAACA